AUGCCGAACAAGCGCGCGGUGAUCCAGGCAUUUCAUCAUAUCCAACACCUGCUCUUUUUGGGGUUCUUCAGCACGCGCAAGCUGAGGCCCGAGAUCCUACGUAUGGCGCUCGCCGAGCACCUGGUCCCCGCGCACGAGCUGCUGGCCGAGCAGAUCAAUCGCGCGGCGGUGUGGGAUGAUCGAAGCACGCUUCCAGAGAAACGCCGCCCCGAAGGAUGGUGUAAGCAGGUCGUCGGGGAGACCUUUCGAAAGCUCCCCACCAUUCGCAAGCAACUCUAUGGCGACGUGAUGGCCUCGUAUCGCAAUGAUCCGGCCGCUGCCAGUAUCGAAGAGGUCGUCUUCUCUUACCCCGGUAUCAUCGCGUUGACGGCGCAUCGGUUCGCGCACGAGCUCCACCGGGCGAGGGUCCCGAUGAUUCCUCGAAUCCUCUCCGAGUACGCGCACGAGCGCACAGGGGUGGAUAUUCACCCGGGCGCGAAGUUCGGGGAGCGCAUCUUUAUCGACCACGGGACGGGCCUCGUGGUGGGCGCGACCUCGGUGAUCGGUGAUGAUGUCAAGCUUUAUCAAGGAGUUACACUUGGCGCCUUGUCGGUCAGUGGUUUGACCGACGAGCAGCAAAAGCGCCACCCGACCCUGGGAGAUCGCGUCACGGUUUACGCUGGCGCGACGAUUCUUGGCGGAGAUACUGAAGUGGGCGCAGAUUCCGUGAUCGGCGGCAACGUGUGGCUGGUCAAGAGCGUGGAGAAUGACAAGAUGACGAUUCGUGCUGAUAUCGUGGAUGCGAUCGGAAACACACCAUUGAUCGAGCUGGCGAGCUUCUCGAAAGAGACCGGCUGCAAGAUCCUGGGCAAGGCCGAGUGGCUAAACCCUGGGAUGUCGGUCAAGGAUCGCGCGGCCAAGUUCAUGGUGCUCGACGCCGAGGCGCGCGGGGUGCUUAAACCGGGCGGCACGAUCGUCGAAGGGACCGCCGGGAACACGGGCAUCGGGCUCGCUAUGGUGGGACGGGCGCGCGGCUAUCGCGUCGUGAUCGUGAUCCCCGAGACGCAGACCAAGGAGAAGAAGGACAUGCUGCGCCUGUUUGGCGCAGAGCUCGUCGAGGUCCCCGCGGUCCCCUUCGCAAACCCCAAUAACUACGUGCACGUCGCCGAGCGCCUGGCCGAGGAGCUCGGCGGGUUCUACGCGAACCAGUGGGACAACCUGGCGAAUCGUCAAUCGCACAUCGAGGGCACCGCGCCCGAGAUCUGGGAGCAAACCGGCGGCAAGGUCGACGCGUUCGUCUCGGCCAUCGGUACCGGCGGCACGCUGUCUGGGACAGGCAUCGGCCUCAAGGAUUUCGACCAGAACAUCACCGUGGCGCUGGCAGAUCCUCACGGCGCGAAGAUGUACGCUUACUUCACGCGCGGCGAGCUCGAGACGGACGUCGAAGGCGGUUCGAUCACGCAGGGCAUCGGCCAGGGUAGGGUGACGGGCAAUGUCGAUGGCUCGCUCGUCGACAAGGCAUAUCGCAUCCCCGACACCGAGGCGGUCGAGGUGCUCGACAAGCUCGCCAGCGAUGAUGGCAUCGUGCUCGGAGGCUCGGCAGGUGUGAACAUCGCGGCGACCUUGAGGCUCGCGCGCGAGAUGGGACCUGGGCACACGCUCGUCACGAUCCUGUGCGAUCAUGGCAGCCGCUAUCAGAGCCAGCUCUGGAGCGCGGAGUUCCGCCGUGAGCGCGGCUUCCAGGUGCCGAGCUGGCUCGAAGAGCCAUCCUCGAUCAAGCCUCCCUUUGUCUCCUGA